ACUUCAGGUCGGAUCUCCUUUAUAGUUGGUAGGGUCCGUACUACGUCACUCUCUUCCUUUUCUAUCCCUACUCGCAGCCAUGAGCAUGCUCAGGCUUCAGAAGCGCUUGGCGUCCAGUGUCUUGCGCUGCGGUAAGAAGAAGGUAUGGCUGGAUCCCAACGAGACCAAUGAAAUCGCCAACGCCAACUCCCGCCAGCAGAUCCGCAAGCUGGUGAAGGAUGGUCUGAUUAUCAGGAAACCAGUGACGGUGCACUCCCGCGCCCGCUGCCGCAAGAACACACUUGCGCGUCGCAAGGGACGUCACAUGGGUGUAGGCAAGAGAAAGGGUACAGCCAACGCGCGUAUGCCAGAGAAGCUGUCGUGGAUGAGGCGCAUGCGGAUCCUGCGUCGUCUUCUGCGGCGCUACCGGGAGUCCAAGAAGAUCGACAGGCACAUGUACCACAGUCUGUACUUGAGGGCAAAGGGUAACGUCUUCAAGAACAAGCGCAUCCUCAUGGAGCACAUUCACAAGCUGAAGGCAGAUAAGGCCCGCAAGAAGCUCCUGUCCGACCAGGCGGAAGCCCGCCGUUCCAAGACAAAGGAGGCCCGCAAGCGCAGGGAGGAGCGCCUCCUGGCCAAGAAGGAGGAGUUCAUCAAGGCCCUGUCAGAGGAGGAGUCCACCAAGAAAUGAGACUAGUCACACCCAUGUCGCCUACUUCCACGUUAAUAAAUUUGGACACAAAAAGGA